AUGAAUUGGAAAAGAAAUGAAUCGACAUGCGGAUACAGCGACUGCUUUUUUACCGGACCAGAUUACGAAGUAACUCAGCAUAUGCUCAAAGUCCAUGAGCAUACAUCAGUGAAGAACGAAGUUAUUGAAGAUAAAAAAGAAAAACCAAAUAAAGAAGAUAAAACAAGAAUAACAAGAUUUCCUUGCAUGUACUGUGACUAUACAACAAUUUACAAACAAUUGUUAGAACGUCACAUUUGUUUCAAGCACAAAGAACAAUAUGACAUGAAAACUCACUUCUGUGAAUACUGUGACUAUAGAACAGUAGACAAACGAUGGCUUCAAAAACACAUUUAUAUCAAACAUAAAGAACAAAACGAUGAACCGACAUGCGGAUACAGCGACUGCUCUUUUAUGGGACCAGAAUACGAAGUAACCCAGCAUAUGAUCAAAGACCAUGGGCACACAUCAGUGAAUAUCAAAGAUGAAAAACAAAUACCAACUAAAAAGGAUAAAACAAAAAUAAAAAGAUUUUCUUGUAUUGAAUCGACAUGCAGAUACAGCGACUGCUUUUUUACCGGACCAGAAUACGAAGUAACCCAGCAUAUGAGCAAAGACCAUGGGCAUACAUCAGUAAAGAACGAAGUUAUUAAAGAUAAAAAAGAAAAACCAAAUAAAGAAGAUAAAACAAAAAUAACAAGAUUUCCUUGCAUUGAAUCGACAUGCGAAUACAGCGAAUGCUUUUUUACCGGACCAGAAUACGAAGUAACCCAGCAUAUGAGCAAAGACCAUGGGCAUACAUCAGUGAAGAACGAAGUUAUUAAAGAUAAAAAAGAAAAACCAAAUAAAGAACAUAAAACAAAAAUAACAAGAUUUCCUUGCAUGUACUGUGACUAUGCAACAACUUACAAACAAUCUUUACGACGGCAUAUUUAUCUCAAGCACAAAGAACAAUAUGAGUUGGAAAAUAAAGUAGCACUAAACAUAAAAACUCACUUCUGUGUAAACUGUGACUAUAAAACAGUAGACAAACGAUGGCUUCAAAAACACAUUUAUAUCAAACAUAAAGAACAAAACGAUGAAUCGACAAGCGGAUACAGCGACUGCUUUUUUACCGGACCAGAAUACGAAGUAACCCAGCAUAUGAGCAAAGACCAUGGGCAUACAUCAGUGGAAAACGAAGUUAUUAAAGAUGAAGGACAAACGCCAACUAAAGAAGAUAAAACAAAAAAAACAACAUUUUCUUGUAUGUACUGUGACUAUGCAACAACUUACAAACAAUCUUUACGACGGCAUAUGUAUCUCAAGCACAAAGAGCAAUAUGAGUUGGAAAAUAAAGAAGCACUAAACAUUAAAAUUUACUCCUGUGUAUACUGCGACUUUACAACAAUAGAAAACCAUAGGCUUCAAAACCACAUUUACAGUAAACAUAAAGAACAAAAUAAUGAACCGACGUGCGGAUACAGCGACUGCUUUUUUAUGGGACCACAAUACGAAGUAACCCAGCAUAUGAUCAAAGACCAUGGGCACACAUCAGUGAAUAUCAAAGAUGAAAAACAAAUACCAACUAAAAAGGAUGAAACAAAAAUAAAAAGUUUUUCUUGUAUUGAAUCGAUAUGCGAAUACAGCGACUGCUUUUUUACCGGACCAGAAUACGAAGUAACCCAGCAUAUGAGCAAAGACCAUGGGCAUACAUCAGUGAAGAACGAAGUUAUUAAAGAUAAAAAAGAAAAACCAAAUAAAGAAGAUAAAACAAAAAUAACAAGAUUUCCUUGCAUGUACUGUGACUAUGCAACAACUUACAAACAAUCUUUUCGACGGCAUAUUUAUCUCAAGCACAAAGAACAAUAUGAGUUGGAAAAUAAAGUAGCACUAAACAUAAAAACUCACUUCUGUGUAUACUGUGACUAUAAAACAGUAGACAAACGAUGGCUUCAAAAACACAUUUAUAUCAAACAUAAAGAACAAAACGAUGAAUCGACAAGCGGAUACAGCGACUGCUUUUUUACCGGACCAGAAUACGAAGUAACCCAGCAUAUGAGCAAAGACCAUGGGCAUACAUCAGUGGAAAACGAAGUUAUUAAAGAUGAAGAACAAAAACCAACUAAAGAAGAUAAAACAAAAAAAACAACAUUUUCUUGUAUGUACUGUGACUAUGCAACAACUUACAAACAAUCUUUACGACGGCAUAUUUAUCUCAAGCACAAAGAGCAAUAUGAGUUGGAAAAUAAAGAAGCACUAAACAUUAAAACUUACUCCUGUGUAUACUGCGACUUUACUGCGUUAAACAAACAAUAUAUUCAAAAACACAUUUACAAUAAACAUAAAGAACAAAAUAAAUUGGAAAACAAAGUAAAAUUAAACAUAAAAACGUUUUCUUGCAAUUUCUGUGACUAUACAACAUUGGAAAAUCAAAAGCUGCAAAAGCACAUUAUCAGCAAACAUAAGAAACAAAACGAUGAAUCGACAUGCGAAUACAGCGACUGCUUUUUUACCGGACCAGAAUACGAAGUAACCCAGCAUAUGAGCAAAGACCAUGGACCAUUAGUAGAGAAAGAAGUUAUCCAAGAUGAAGAACAAAAACCAACUAAAGAACAUAAAACAAAAAUAACAAGAUUUCCUUGCAUGUACUGUGACUAUGCAACAACUUACAAACAAUCUUUACGACGGCAUAUUUAUCUCAAGCACAAAGAACAAUAUGAGUUGGAAAAUAAAGUAGCACUAAACAUAAAAACUCACUUCUGUGUAUACUGUGACUUUACAACGAUAAACAAACAAUGGCUUCAAAAACACGUUUACAUCAAACAUAAAGAACAAAAUAAAUUAGAAAAUAAAGUAGAAUUAAACAUUAAAACGUUUUCUUGCGAUUUCUGUGACUUUACAACAGUGGAAAAUCAAACUCUGCAAAUGCACAUCAUCAGCAAACAUAAGGAACAAUAUGAGCUUAAAAAGAAAGUAUCGAUAAAUUUAUUAAAAACGCGUUCUUGUGUGUACUGUGACUAUACAACAGUACAAAACCGAACGUUACAAUUACACGUUCUAAGAAAACAUAAAAAACAAAAUGACUUAACAAAUAAAGUAGAACUAAACAUAAAAAAUUACUCCUGUGUAUACUGUGACUUUACAACGAUAAACAAAAACUGCUUUCAAAUACACACCUACCUCAAACAUAAAAAACAAAAUGAUUUAGAAAAUAAAGUAGCGCUAAAUUUAAAAACUUACUCUUGUGUGCACUGUAACUUCUCAUCAGUAAAAAAUGGAAAACUGCAAAAUCACAUGUACCGAAAACAUAAAGCACAAAUUCAAGUAGCAAUAAAAACUUACUCUUGUGUGUAUUGCGAAUACUCCACACCUUUAAACCAAACAUUACAAAAGCACAUCUAUAGGAAACAUAAAGAACAAAAUGAAUUGGAAAAGAAAGUACAAAUAAACAUAACCACUUACUCUUGUGAGUUAUGUAACUUCUCAACAGUAGAAAAUAAUAUUCUGCAAAAUCACAUAUACCGAAAACAUAAACCACAAGUAGCAAUAAAAACUUACUCUUGUGUGUAUUGCGAAUACUCCACACCUUUAAACCAAACAUUACAAAGGCACAUCUAUAGGAAACAUAAAGAACAAAAUGAAUUGGAAAAGAAAGUGGAAAUAAACGUAAAAAGUUACUCUUGUGGUUUUUGUGACUUUGAAACAUUCGGAAAUCAAAAGCUGCAAAAGCACAUUUAUACCAAACACAAGGAACAAAACAAUGAAUCGACAUGCGGAUACAGUGACUGCUUUUUUACCGGACCAGAAUACGAAGUAACCCAGCACAUGAGCAAAGACCAUGGGCAUACAUCAGUGGAGAACAAAGUUAUCAAAGAUAAAGAACAAAAACCAACUAAAGAAGAUAAAACAAGAUUUUCUUGCAUGUACUGUGACUAUACAACAACUUACAAACAAUCUUUACGACGGCAUACUUAUCACAAGCACAAAGAACAAUAUGAGUUGGAAAAUAAAGUAGCACUAAACAUUAAAAUCUACUCCUGUGUAUACUGCGACUAUACAACAAUAGAAAACCAAAGGCUUCAAAACCACAUUUACAGUAAACAUAAGGAACAAAAUAAUAAAUCGACAUGCGGAUACAGCGACUGCUUUUUUAUCGGACCAGAAUACGAAGUAAACCAGCAUAUGAUCAAAGACCAUGGGCAUACAUCAGUGGACAACAUUGUUAUCAAAGAUGAAGAAGAAAACCCAACUAAAGAAGAUACAACAAAAAGAACAAGAUUUUCUUGUAUGUACUGUGACUAUGCAACAACUUACAAACAAUCGUUACGACGGCAUAUUUGUCGGAAGCACAAAAAACGAUAUGAGAUGGAAAAAAAAGUUGUACUAAACACAAAAACUCACUUCUGUGUAUACUGUGACUAUACAACAGUGGACAACCAAUGCCUUCAAAGACACAUUUUUAUCAAACAUAAAGCACAAAAUAAGUUGGAAAAUAAAGUAGCACUAAACAUUAAAACGUACUCCUGUGUAUACUGUGACUUUACAACGUUAAACAAACGAUGUCUUCAAAAACACAUUUACAUUAAACAUAAAGAACAAAAUAAUUUGGAAAAUAAAGUUGAAUUAAACAUGAAAAUGUUUUCUUGCGAGUUCUGUGACUUUGUAACAGCGGAAAAUCAAGGGUUGCAAAAACACAUCGUCAGCAAACAUAAGGAAAACUAUGAGCUAAAUAAGGAAGCCACGAAUUCGAUAAAAAUGUAUUCUUGUGUGUACUGUGACUUUACAACAGUACGAAACCGAACGUUACAAAUACACGUUACAAGAAAACAUAAAAAACAAAAUGAUUUCCAAAAUAAAGUAGCACCAAACAUAAAAACUUACUUAUGUGUAUACUGUGACUUUACAACAGUGGAAAAUCAAAGACUUCAGGAUCACAUCUACGUCAAACAUAAAGAACAAAAUGAGUUAGAAAAUAAGGUACAACUAAACAUUAAAACUUACUCCUGUGUAUACUGUGACUUUAAAACGAUAAACAAACAAUGGCUUCAAAAACACAUUUACAUCAAACAUAAAGAACAAAAUAAGUUAGAAAAUAAAGUUCAAUUAACCAUAAAAACGUUUUCUUGCGAUUUGUGUGACUUUACAACAGUGGAAAAUCAAAGGUUGCAAAAGCACAUCAUCAGCAAACAUAAGGACCAACAUGAGCUAAAAAAGAAAGCCAUGAAUUUAAUAAAAACUUAUUCUUGUGCGUACUGUGACUUUAUCACAGUACGAAACCGAACGUUUCAAAUACACGUUAUAAAAAACCAUAAAAAACAAAAUGAUUUAAAAAAUAAAGUAGCACUAAACAUAAAAACUUACUCAUGUGUUUACUGUGACUUUACAACAGUAGAAAAUCAAAGGCUUCAAGAACACAUCUACGUCAAACAUAAAGAGCAAAAUGAGUUGGAAAAUAAAGUAGCACUAAACGUUAAAACUUACUCCUGUGUAUACUGUGACUUUACAACUUUAAACAAACAUUGGUUUCAAAAACACAUUUACAUCAAACAUAAAGAACAAAAUAAGUUGGAAAAGAAAGUUGAAUUAACCAUAAAAAUGUUUUCUUGCGAUUUCUGUGACUUUACAACAGUGGAAAAUCAAAGGUUGCAAAAGCACAUCAUCAGCAAACAUAAGGAACAACAAAUACUGAUGUCGGAGGCCCAGGGUGAAUCGACAUGCGGAUACAUCGACUGCUUUUUUACCGGGCCAGAAUACGAAGUAACCCAGCAUAAGAUCAAAGACCACGGCCAUACAUCGUUAAAGAACGAAGUGAUCAAAGAUAAAGAACCAAUACCAACUAAAAAAGAUAAAACAAAGAUUAGAAUAUUUCCUUCCAUGUACUGUGCAUACUGUGACUUUACCACACAACAAAAACAAAGGCUUCAAAACCACAUUUUCAGAAAACAUAAAGAACAAAAUGAGUUGGAAAAUAAAGUAGAAUUAAACAUAAAAACUUGUGUGUACUGUGACUUCAGUACAAUUAUAAAAAAGAAUUUACAAAUCCACGUCUUUAACAAACACAAAGAACAAAAUGAAUUAGAAAAUAAAGUUGAAUUUAACAUUAAAACUUACUCUUGUGAUGUCUGUGACUUUAGAACGGUGGAAAAUCAUAAGCUGCAAAUACACAUAUAUAACAUACAUAAGGAACAACAUGAAGUAAAAAAUAAAGCACUAAACAUAAAAACUUAUUCCUGUGUAUACUGUGAUUAUAAUACAGUAAUACACCAAAGUCUUCAGUACCACAUUUUCUACAAACAUAAAGAACAAAACGAAUUGGAAAAUAAAGUAAAAUUAAACAUUAAAACUUACUCGUGCGGUUUUUGCAACUUUGCGACAGUGCGAACGCAAAAGCUGCAAAGACACAUCUAUUCCAAACAUAAGGAACAACAUAAGUUAAAAAAUGAAGUAGCGAUAAAUGCAAAAACUUACUCUUGUGUGUACUGUAACUAUACGGCAUCUAAUGGUCGUUCAAUACAAAGACACGUUUUUGUAAAACAUAAGAAACAAAAUGACUUGGAAAAGAAAGUAAAAUUAAACAUAAAAACCCACUCUUGUACUUUCUGUGACUUUGUUACGGUGUGCAAAACAAUUCUGCAAAAACACAUUGAAUCGACAUGCGGAUACAUCGACUGCUUUUUUACCGGGCCAGAAUACGAAGUAACCCAGCAUAUGAUCAAAGACCACGGCCAUACAUCGUUAAAGAACGAAGUGAUCAAAGAUAAAGAACCAAUACCAACUAAAAAAGAUAAAACAAACAUUAAAAGAUUUCCUUGCAUGUACUGUGCCUAUUCAACAACUUAUUGGCAAUCGUUACGACGGCACAUUUGUCACAAUCACAAAGAACAACAUGAGUUAGAAAAUAAAAUAGCCCUAAACAUAAAAACUUACUCCUGCGUAUACUGCGACUAUACAACAAUAGAAAACCAAAAGCUUCAAAACCACGUUUACAGGAAGCAUAAAGAACAAAAUGAGUUGGAAAAUAAAGUUGAAUUAAACAUAAAAACUUGUGUGUACUGUGACUUUGGCACAGUUACAAAAAGUAAUUUACAAAUCCACGUCCAUAACAAACAUAAAGAACAAAAUGAAUUAGAAAAAAAAGUGGAAUUAUACAUAAAAACUUACUCUUGUGUUUUCUGUGACUUUACAUCAGUGGAAAACCUAAGGCUGCAAAAACACGUCUAUAGUAAACAUAUGGAACAGCAUAAAAUAAAAAACAAAGUGGCACAUGUGCACUGCUGUGCAUACUGUGACUUUACCACAAAACAAAAACAAAGGCUCCAAAACCACAUUUUCAGCAAACAUAAAGAACAAAAUGAGUUGGAAAAUAAAGUAGAAUUAAACAUAAAAACUCAUUUUUGUGUGUACUGUGACUUCAGUACAAUUAUAAAAAAGAAUUUACAAAUCCACGUCUUUAACAAACACAAAGAACAAAAUGAAUUAGAAAAUAAAGUUGAAUUAAACAUUAAAACUUACUCUUGUGUUGUCUGUGACUUUACAUCGGUGGAAAAUCAAAAGCUGCAAAUACACAUUUAUAACAAACAUAAGGAACAACAUGAAAUAAAAAAUAAAGCACUAAACAUAAAAACUUACUCCUGUGUAUACUGUGAUUUUAAUACAGUAAUUCACCAAAGUCUUCAGUACCACAUUUUCAACAAACAUAAAGAACAAAACGAAUUGGAAAAUAAAGUAAAAUUAAACAUAAAAACUUACUCGUGUGGUUUUUGUAACUUUAUUGCAGUGCAAACGCAAAAGCUGCAAAGACACAUCUAUACCAAACAUAAGGAACAACAUAAGUUAAAAAAUGAAGUAGCGAUAAAUGCAAAAACUUACUCUUGUGUGUACUGUAACUAUACGGCAUCUAAUGGUCGUUCAAUACAAAGACACGUUUUUGGAAAACAUAAAAAACAAAAUGACUUGGAAAAGAAAUUAGAAAAUAAAACUUUUCUCGUGUCUGGCAAUCCCAUUUUAUCCUGUGAAUCGACAUGCAGAUACAUCGACUGCUUUUUUACCGGGCCAGAAUACGAAGUAACCCAGCAUAUGAUCAAAGACCACGGCCAUACAUCGUUAAAGAACGAAGUGAUCAAAGAUAAAGAACCAAUACCAACUAAAAAAGAUAAAACAAACAUUAAAAGAUUUCCUUGCAUGUACUGUGCGUAUUCAACAACUUAUUGGCAAUCGUUACGACUGCACAUUUGUCACAAUCACAAAGAACAACAUGAGUUAGAAAAUAAAAUAGCCCUAAACAUAAAAACUUACUCCUGUGUAUACUGCGACUUUACAACAAUAGAAAACCAAAGGCUUCAAAACCACGUUUACAGGAAGCAUAAAGAACAAAAUGAGUUGGAAAAUAAAGUAGAAUUAAACAUAAAAACUUGUGUGUACUGUGACUUUGUCGCAGUUAAAAAAAGUCUUUUACAAAUCCACGUCUUUAACAAACACAAAGAACAAAAUAAAUUAGAAAAUAAAGUUGAAUUAAAAAUUAAAACUUACUCUUGUGAUGUCUGUGACUUUAGAUCGGUGGAAAAUCAAAAGCUGCAAAUACACAUAUAUAACAAACAUAAGGAACAACAUGAAAUAAAAAAUCAAGCACUAAACAUAAAAACUUACUCCUGUGUAUACUGUGAUUAUAAUACAUUAGAAAAUAAAACUUUUCUCGUGUCUGGCAAUCCCAUUUUAUCCCGUGAAUCGACAUGCGGAUACAUCGACUGCUUUUUUACCGGGCCAGAAUACGAAGUAACCCAGCAUAUGAUCAAAGACCACGGCCAUACAUCGUUAAAGAACGAAGAAGUGAUCAAAGAUGAUGAACCAAUACCAACUAAAAAAGAUAAAACAAACAUUAAAAGAUUUCCUUGCAUGUACUGUGCGUAUUCAACAACUUAUUCGCAAUCGUUACGACUGCACAUUUGUCACAAUCACAAAGAACAACAUGAGUUAGAAAAUAAAAUAGCCCUAAACAUAAAAACUUACUCCUGUGUAUACUGCGACUUUACAACAAUAGAAAACAAAAGGCUUCAAAACCACGUUUACAGGAAGCAUAAAGAACAAAAUGAGUUGGAAAAUAAAGUAGAAUUAAACAUAAAAACUUGUGUGUACUGUGACUUUGUCGCAGUUAAAAAAAGACUUUUACAAAUCCACGUCUUUAACAAACACAAAGAACAAAAUGAAUUAGAAAAUAAAGUUAAAUUAAACAUUAAAACUUACUCUUGUGAUGUCUGUGACUUUAGAUCGGUGGAAAAUCAAAAGCUGCAAAUACACAUAUAUAACAAACAUAAGGAACAACAUGAAAUAAAAAAUCAAGCACUAAACAUAAAAACUUACUCCUGUGUAUACUGUGAUUAUAAUACAGUAAUACACCGUAGUCUUCAAUUCCACAUUUUCAACAAACAUAAAGAACAAAACGAAUUGGAAAAUAAAUGCAAACGCAAAAGCUGCAAAGACACUAUACCAAACAUAAGGAACAACAUAAGUUAA